CGGCGGAGGAGUUUCGCUGUUCUGCUACUGUAAAAUCUUAGCGUAGUGAAUCGCUAGGAGAGAUACAGGGGAAGAACGGAGCCGAAUUCACGAGCGUUCCCCGAUAAUGCUAUUUUGAAAUGAUAGUGACUGAAUAAAGUUUUUCUACAUGAGAUGGGCUAUUAGUACAGACAAAAGUAUUUACCUAGGAUUUGAAGAGUUUGCGAGCAGCUACCUAACUAGCGAUGCUAACGUUAGCUAGCGAACUAGAUAAAACUGUAAACAUGGUUUAAAUUGGUUUCUGACUUGACGUUAUAUUGCAAUGAUUCAAAUUUAGUGUGAAUUAUUAUUUCAUGAAUGUGUGUCUGUCGUAGCUAAAAACGUAUUUAGGAUACAUUUAUGCUUGGAUUCAAACAGCCGCAGUGUGUACACAAAUCAAACAACUGCAGCAGAGGCAGAGGAUGGAGGAGCUGUGGAGACGUGGCAUGCCCCUGUCAGAUCGAAUGGAAAAUGACUCCCCAGCCGAUAUGGCCCCAGGGUCCCCAACCACAGCGGCCCCGUCGGGCUCCAACGCCUCCUGGGUGCCAGACACCCCCCUGGUGACCCCUGAGGAACCAUACUUCCUCAUGACCUCCACUGCCCAGACCGUGUCAGGGUUCUUUGUCUGGACAGCCCUGCUAAUAACCUGCCACCAGAUCUACAUGCACCUGCGCUACUACAGCUCUCCCAAUGAGCAGAGGCACAUAGUUCGCAUCCUCUUCAUCGUUCCCAUCUACGCCUUUGACUCGUGGCUCAGCCUCCUCUUCUUCACUAACGAAGAGUACUACGUCUACUUUGACACGGUCCGCGACUGCUACGAAGCGUUUGUGAUCUACAACUUCCUCAGCCUGUGUUAUGAGUACCUUGGAGGGGAGAGCGCCAUCAUGGCUGAGAUCAGAGGAAAGCCCAUUGAGUCCAGCUGUGUGUACGGCACCUGCUGUCUCUGGGGAAGAACUUACUCCAUUGGGUUCCUCCGAUUCUGCAAACAGGCCACUCUACAGUUCUGUGUGGUGAAGCCUCUGAUGGCCAUGAUCACAGUCAUCCUGCAGGCCUUUGGGAAGUACAGAGAUGGAGACUUCAAUGUGGCCAGUGGGUACCUGUAUGUGACCAUCAUCUAUAACUUCUCUGUCAGCCUGUCUCUCUACGCCCUCUUCCUCUUCUACUUCGCCACCCGCAACCUGCUGGUCCCCUACAGCCCCAUGCUCAAGUUCCUCAUGGUCAAGUCUGUCAUCUUCCUCUCUUUCUGGCAGGGUAUGCUGCUGGCCAUCUUGGAGAAGUGUGGCGCCAUCCCUAAAAUCAACUCUCCCGAAGUGUCAGUUGGGGAGGGCACGGUCGCCGCCGGCUACCAGAACUUUAUCAUCUGCAUUGAGAUGUUCUUUGCCGCUGUGGCCCUGCGCCACGCCUUCACCUACAAGGUCUACAUGGACAAGAGGCUGGACUCCUACGGUCGCUGCGCCCCAAUGAAGAGCAUCUCCAGCAGUCUGAAGGAGACCAUGAACCCCGGAGACAUGGUGCAGGACGCCAUCCACAACUUCUCCCCGGCCUACCAGCAGUACACACAGCAGUCCACCCUUGAGCAGCGUGGAGGGGUGCCAGUGUCCCGCAGCCACAGCAACCUCAGCACCCGCGACAAUGAGAAGACCCUGCUGCUCAGCUCCGACGAUGAGUUCUGAGCCCCCCUACACACCGACCGGUGGUACUACUGGGAGGUGGAGACGGGAGGGGCUUUAUGGACUCUACUAUAGUGCCGUACCAAAUCGACAGGCUUGAGUACUUUGGCUGAUCCACUUCAUGAACAUAGUACUCAUAUUCCUCAGUCUAUAUUGACAAUACAAGCAACCUACUGCAUAGGGGUCCAUUGCCACAUACCACUGCCAAUAUGGAUCAAUACAGAUACACACACAUGUGCAUAGACCAUUCCCAGGGGUCUUCAGGCUGUGUGUUAACAUUACAAAGGCCUACUAGACAGAGAAACACUCACCAACGUGCAUGCCAUUGAAAUAAUACAGCAUCCCCCCUCACCCUCCUGCCAGCUCUGCCUCUUGCUUAAAUGUUGCCAAAUAGAGGGAGAUCCCGCUUGGUCAGCAGGACCCUCUCUAACUUAAAAUUUAGAUUUCAGAGUGACUUGGAUAAGACACUAAGGGACCCCGAAAUCACUGUAUAUUUUGAUGUUUAUUGACCUGAUGGUGUUCUUCUCAUUUGAAACAUGUCUAUUAUGAAGGGAGGUUAUUAUUAUAUGAUAUGUGUUAGUGUGUGUUGGAAGGUACACUGAGGAUAAUAUAAUUGGGGGUCAUUCUCCCGGAAUGUUAUAGUUGUUGUUGAUGACGUAUUGAGGGAACAGUUGUUGACAGAGGUUUGGUGCGGGCGACUAACAUCGCUCACGCGGAUUACAGAUGAAAGAGGAACUUGCUUCUUAGCAGAGCGGGACCCGGCCACAGCAGACAGGAUUAGAAUCACGUAAUUGGGGAAUUAUGUGCGGCACAGAUCAGGCAUGUUUUUACCAUCAGGUUGGUGUAACGGUCAUAUCGCGCCCGAACUGCGCAUGUGGAGACCGUCUAAUCAAAGGCUGUCUUUUGAUAAUGUUUUUUUUGACGAAAAUUUAAACUUGUCAGUGUGUCACUUUCACAAGGUUGGAGUAAUAACAUGUUCGACUACUUAAGACAUUGGCUCGAAUCUAAGUUGUGUCUUUAGAUUGAGAAAAUAAACAACUAAUUUCACUGUUCUCAUCUCAAACCUCAGUCUGGUCUGUUUCGCAAGCGUUCCUGGAAGUUUUCAAUGUUGCACCUCUGGGUUUAGAAACUCUGUGAAGUUGGCAAAGGGUAUGGAGACCAAGCAUUUCUCCCCCUGGUGGCAAGAGGCAGAGAGAUUUCCAGCCCAGCCUCUGGGAGGAGCAGGUUGAGCAGAAAUAGUUUCUUUGAAUACAUAGGCAAAGCAAGGCUUGGCUAUCUUCAGCAUUAAUAUACUUCAGUUAUGCCUGAAUAUACCUGCUUUCUUCAACAUGGCUGUUUUCUUGUCUUGUUAGGGUUACUAUGUUGCUGCUUAGUGUCACUAGCCUCAUUGAUUUUUCCUUUGAGAGGUAUUUUUGCUGAAGACAACACACAGAUAAUUUUGAAACGUUUUACUCAUAAAAAAAUCUCUCACUGAACUGUCAAUUCCAAAGCUGCAGUUUUACAAAACAAUGUAAAUAGGAACACUACCCAUAUUUGAAUACCAGAGGGAAGUGUUUUUCUACAGCAGGGGUUCUUGAACGUUUUCAUCUCGAAACACAAAUUAGAAAUUUUACCGUUCUCCCGUGACUCAAAUCUUCCUCUAACGACUUAAAUUAAAAAUAAAUAGUGUGUUAUUAUAGAUGUAUUCUCCUAACUCGCGACCCACCUCUCACAUGCCCAGGGUCCACUUCGGGUCAAAAAAAAACUUUUCUACAGGGUCCAAUAAAUACAGUACCAAAAGUUAGGGUUUUUCAUCAUUUUGACUAUUUUCUACAUGGUAGAAUAAUAGUGAAAACAUCAAAACUAUGAAAUAACACAUAUGGAAUCAUGUAGUAACCAAAUGUUGUAUUUUUUUAUUUAAAUAUAAUUAACAUUUUAGAAUCCUCAGAGUAGCCACCCUUUGCCUUGAUGACAGCGCUGCACACUCUUGGCAUUCUCUCAACCAGCUUCACAUGGAAUGCUUGAAGGAUUUCCCACAUGCUGAGCACUUGUUGGCUGCUUUUCCUUCACUUUGCGAUCCAACUCAUCCCAAACCAUCUCAAUUGGGUUGAGGUCGGGUGAUUGUGGAAGCCAGGUCAUCUGAUGCAGCACUCAAUCACUCUCUUUCUUGUUUAAUUAGCCCUUACACAGCCUGGAGGUGUGUUGGGUCAUUGUCCUGUUGAAAAACAAAUGAUAGUCCCACUAAGCGCAAACCAGAUGGGAUGGUGUAUUGCUGCAGAAUGCUGUGGUAGCCAUGCUGGAUAAGUGUGCCUUGGAAUAAAUAAAUAAAUCACUGACAGUGUCACCAGCAAAGCACUCCCACACCAUCACACCUCCUUCUCCAUGCUUCAUGGUUGGAACCACACAUGCGGAGAUCAAUCCAUUCUCCUGCUCUGCGUCUCACAAAGACACAGUGGUUGGAACCAAAAAUCUCCAAUUUGGAGUCAUCAGACCAAAGGACAGAUUUCCACCAGUCUAAUGUCUAUUGCUCGUGUUUCUUGGCCCAAGCAAGUCUCUUCUUAUUUGUGUCCUUUAGUAGUGGUUUCUUUGCAGCAAAUCGACCAUGAAGGCCUGAUUCACGCAGUCUCCUCUGAACAGUUGAUGUGUCUGUUACAUUUAUUUGGGCUGCAAUUUCUGAGGCUGGUAACUCUGAUGAACUUACCCUCUGCAGCAGAUGUAACUCUUGGUCUUCCUUUCCUGUGGCGGUCCUCAUGAGAGCCAGUUUCAUCAUAGUGCUUGAUGGUUUUUGCGACUCCACUUGAAGAAAGUUAUCAAAGUUCUUAAUUUUCCAGAUUGGUUGACCAUGUCUUAAAGUAAUGAUGGACUGUCGUUUCUCUUUGCUUAUUCGAGCUGUUCUUGCCAUAAUAUGGACUUGGUCUUUUACCAAAUAUCUUCUGUAUACCACCCAUACCUUGUCACAAUACAACUGAUUGGCUCAAAUGCAUUAAAGAAGGGAAGAAAUUCCACAAAUUAACUUAACAAGGCACACAUGUUAAUUGAAAUGCAUUCCAGGUGACUACCUCAUGAAGCUGGUUGAGAGAAUGCCAAGAGUGUGCAAAGCUGUCAAGGUAACGGCUGGCUAUAUUUUGAUUUGUUUAACGCUUUUUUGGUUACUACAUGAUUCCGUAUGUGUUAUUUCAUAGUUUUGACGUCUUCGCUAUUAUUAUACAAUGUAGAAAAUAGUCAAAAUAAUGAUCAACCCUGAAAUGAGUAGGUAUGUCCAAACUUUUGACUGCUACUGUAUAUUUCAUAGGUUUGAAUGUUAAGUAUAGGCUACAUACACUUAAGUGAUUGUUUUAAUGAUGUGCCCUAUGCUGUGUCUUUUGAUUAAAAUGAAUAUAUUAUUCCCGAACAGGAUAUUGACAGGAUAUUGUACAAGACAGGAUAUUGUAUAUAAAGUUGAACUAGAUAAUGGAAUAUGUUUAUUGGUGGGUAUAAUAAUGAUAAAGCACAAUGCUUACUUCUGUAUCGUCUCUGCUCCAUAUUCCUUAUAUUAUUUUGUUUCAUACUUUUGUGUUCAUUUGUAUAUUGGUAUUAUUCUGCUUUAUAGAUUCUGAUGCAAUUUUUUGUCUUUGUGGUGUUUAAACAACCGCAAAAUAAAAAGACAGACAAAAUGUAA